CUUCGUCCGUUGAACCGCCGCAUCCCAUACAGGUUCAUGGACUUCUGACCGGGCUGCUGAGAGAAAGACAGAAAAAACCCAAAGCAUCUUUACUCCAAGGCGCACUAUCAUUUUCGUUUAACUGUUAUCCAUGAGAUUCUUCAGGCUUACCUUCAAGUGCUUCGUCGACUGCUUUUGAAUCUCCUCCGUCAACGGCUCAACUGACCGCGGCGCUUUGUGAAAUUUGUUUCCAUCUCUUGGCUGAGCUGAGGGGUUCCGACGUGUGGUAAUCACAAAAACUGCGAUUUUCCUUUUUUUUUUUUUUUUUUUUUUAAAAUUAAAAAUCAAGGAGGGAGAAAUAACAAACUCAGAAAAUCAAGAAAAGACAACUGGAGCGCUAUAUAUUGUGGCUACAUCUCUCCGUCUGCCUCUCUGAGCCCGCCGGGUGCCUUCUUAGCCAGGCGUUUAUUAAACUUCGACUGCCCCCUGGCUAAAUUAAAACAGUCAGCUUGCUUUUUUUAAAAAUUAUAACACUAAUCAUAUAUAUUUUUGUGCCGCUACCCAACAACAUGUCACCAGAGUUGGAAGAGAACAGCCAAGGUGAAAUCAGUGUCCCCCAGUUGGAGGCAGGGAUCCUGUCUGAGGAGGAGGGCGGCGAGUCGGUUUGCCCCCUCGUGCCUGUGCCUGGAGUGGGCCAAGGGUGUGGUGAGGCCGGAGGGGCUGGCCCACCGCUGACCCAGGACGGGACUGCAACUGGGACUGGAAAUGGAGCUGUAGCGGUACCAGUGGUGGAGAGAGAAACUUGGACCAGACAGAUGGACUUCAUCAUGUCCUGCGUGGGUUUUGCUGUUGGCUUGGGCAAUGUGUGGCGCUUCCCAUACCUCUGCUACAAGAACGGAGGAGGAGUUUUUCUGAUCCCUUACCUGCUGAUCGUGUUCAUCGGGGGCAUCCCAGUGUUCUUCCUAGAGAUUGCUCUGGGACAGUUCAUGAAGCAGGGAGGGGUCUCUGCCUGGAACAUCGCACCCCUCUUCAAAGGUCUGGGCCUGGCGUCAAUGGUCAUAGUGUUCUUCUGUAACACCUACUACGUCAUGAUCCUGGUGUGGGGCCUCUACUUUCUCUUCCACUCUUUCACUAACCCACUGCCCUGGGCCACCUGUGGACAUCCCUGGAACACCCCAAACUGUACACAGGACUUCCGACGUGCCUGCCACAACCGCAGCGCUGCGCAGUCUGCUCUGCCUUCAUCUGCUGCCACCCCCUCCAACCUCCUGUCCUCCGCGUCCCCGUUGAACUUGUCCUCAGCCCAGAUCCUCUUUAAUGGCAGCUGCAUGGAGGCUGAGGGCAUGCGCUCCCCAGUCAUCGAGUUCUGGGAACGCAAAGUGCUCCGUCUGUCUGGAGGCCUACAUGAGCCUGGUGACAUAAGCUAUGAGAUGGUGCUGUGUCUCAUAGCCACCUGGAUCAUUGUUUACUUCUGCAUGUGGAAAGGAGUUAAAUCUACUGGCAAGGUUGUGUACUUCACAGCUUUGUUCCCCUACCUGGUUCUGGUUGUUCUGCUGGCCCACGGAGUCACUCUGCCCGGAGCUUUGGAUGGCAUUGUUUACUACCUGAAACCAGACUGGUCCAAACUUGGAGAAGCACAGGUGUGGAUUGAUGCCGGCACUCAGAUUUUUUUCUCCUAUGCCAUCGGACUAGGUGCCCUGACUGCACUGGGCAGCUACAACCGCUUCCAUAACAACUGUUACCAGGAUGCAUUUGUGCUGGCCCUCAUUAAUAGUGGCACCAGUUUCUUUGCAGGCUUCGUGGUGUUCUCUGUGCUGGGUUUCAUGGCUGCAGAGCAAGGAGUGGACAUCAGUAAGGUAGCUGAGAGUGGUCCAGGCCUGGCCUUCAUAGCCUACCCCAAGGCUGUGACUCUGAUGCCUCUGGCACCACUCUGGGCAGCACUUUUCUUCUUUAUGCUGCUGAUACUGGGCCUGGACAGUCAGUUUGUAGGUGUAGAAGGUUUGAUAACGGGAAUCAUGGACAUGCUACCCCCUAAAUCUGUCAUGGGCUCCCUGCGGCGAGAGGUGGUAGCUGCCAUCUGCUGCGUCAUCUGCUUCCUUAUUGACAUGUCCAUGGUCACUGAGGGAGGGAUGUAUGUCUUCCAGCUGUUUGACUACUACUCUGCCAGUGGCAUCACUCUGUUGUGGCAAGCCUUGUGGGAGUGUGUGGUGAUUGCAUGGGUUUAUGGCGCAGACCGUUUCAUGGACGACGUGGCUCGUAUGAUUGGCUAUCAGCCCCUACCCUACAUGAAGUGGUGCUGGUCCUACGUCACACCUUUUGUCUGUGUGGGACUGUUCCUGUUCCACGUGGUGAACUACAAGCCCCUGACUUACAACACGGUGUACACAUACCCUGUGUGGGGUCAAGCACUUGGCUGGGCGCUGGCCCUGUCCUCUAUGCUCUGUAUACCACUCACUGUUCUCUACAAACUUCUGCGCUGCAAAGGAUCUUUGCGGGAGAGGUGGCAGCAUCUGACCACCCCAGUUUGGGGCAGACAUCACCUGGAGUACCUGGCCCCAGAGAGUGAGGCCAAACUGCUGCCCCCUGUAGGAACCAAGAGUACGCUUCUCUUUGAGAGUGUCAUCUGACGAGCUGAGCUCUGCAGAACAUAGAGCCGUAUCACCUUUGACAUCAGCACACACAUACACAAAACACUUGCACACUACACUGACCUGGUGAGAGUUAAACGCAGAUUAGUUACACACCCCACAGUUUUAAAGCUAUGAAAAAGCCCUGGACAAAUGGACCAAAGAUUAGAUCGGAGAAGAACUGAAACACACCCGCAACCAUAUGUCAUCACAGGCUGAUAUACCCUCUGCUCUGUUUUCUGACUCUACCUCGCUGGCUCUCCCCUCUCUCUUUCUGCCCCCUGCCUUUGUGCUGUCCUGUCCUGUCUCGUCCUGUGAGUGUGAUGUGUCUGGUGUCCUUGCUGUAUCUUCCCUUUCCACACCUUUCUGUCAGGGUUUCAACAGCUUCAUCUGUCCCAAGCCAUUAUGUCGUUUUGUUUUUAAAAGAUUCGGGUGAACCUUUUUAAAUGGAAGACCUUAUGUCUGCUGCUACAAUGCAUUGGUCUCAGCGUGUACGUGUGUAGAUGCACGUAUGCCUGUGCGCAUGUGUCCGUACGUGUGUGGGGGCGUGUGCAGGUGCCUGUGAAAAGGAGUGUGUGCUGAACUUUGGCAGUGUUGUCUUCAUUUACAUGUGGCAAAGCCUUUUGGCCAUCGUUUGCUGCCAUCUGUGCUCUCUGAAUUAACUGUACAAAAACAACCUUCCAUUUGUAAGAAAAAAAAGAAUCAUAAGGAGACAAUACAUCACCACUUCCAGCUGUGUAUUUUAAACUAACUUAAGUAUUCAGUGUAUCGUAGGGUCUGUGAAUCAGUGUUACUAUUUGAAGGGGAUGAUAAUCAUUAUUUCCACAUUUAGAGAAGGAGAGAAACUUCCGACUGAACUGUGUAAUGAGCAGGAGACUGGGUUGUGGGGAGGGGAAAGAAACUUGAUAUGGUCAGGAGAGAAGCAAUAAAUGACCAGAUAAAGAGGGA